GUGAUGCUCGCGCUCUCGCAGCUCUGAAGGAUGCAGCGGGGUGGAUGGAGGAGGAGGAGGAGGAGGAGGUGAAAGACUGGAAGGCGGAGAACCAAAUGAACGGGUCUGGAUAGGGAAAGGAUGCGGACCCCGCCGGCCAGCCUGCCUGCCGACGAUGGUUUCGGUCGUUUGACAUGAGGAUGUGCGAAGAAAACGACACAGGCCUGCGGUUUGUUGAUACACUGAGCACGGAGGGAGAGGCUGUAAUUUAUCCGUUGCCUCAAAUUAUCUGUGACACCGAGGGUUGCUUGGCUUUAUUGUGAAGGUGAUUUGAUUUCCAGCGUAGCCUACCUAGGCUAUUUUGUCCUACAUGUUUCUUUGUCGUGGUCUAAAAUUGGUUUCUUUCUUCUUCAUUUAACGUCAAGAAAACCGUAGAAAAACACAGUGACCCUGUCCAUCUUCAUAUUUGCAACAUACAACUGCCAUCAUGGUUUUAGCUGUCACUUUAGCAUCAUCGCCACCUGAUCUCGUCUCCUGUGCCGCUGCAGACUGGAUGUCAAACUGAACGGAGCGCCGCGAAGUCAAAACCAAACAUACCAAAAAAGACAACUUUACCAAGUUUCAACAUGGAGGCGUCGAUGUUACAGCCUCGCUGGUUGAUAUGUCUCUUUAUAUGGACGACGUUGUUUCUGCUCAGCAGCGGUCAAUCCGCGCCUGACGCCUCGGGCCUCCCUCUAGCCAUCCGCGUGCCACUGCGGCAAGGAGCUCGCGCUGAACAGCCACCGCCGCUGCCACCUGCCGCCGCCGCAGCCGCCGUGAACCGCGAGCGCGGCAACACGGGGAAGCACGCUGCGCGCAGACGGAGAGGAGCUGCAGCGGGCGGUAUCAGCUUCGUGGACAUGAUCGAUAACCUGCGUGGGAAGUCCGGUCAGGGAUACUACGUGGAGAUGGCCGUGGGCUCUCCUCCGCAGAAGUUGAACAUCCUGGUGGAUACAGGAAGCAGUAACUUUGCUGUCGGGGCAGCCGCUCAUCCCUUCCUGCGCAGAUACUACCAUCGCUCACUCUCCAGCUCAUACCAUGACCAGGGUAGGAGUGUGUAUGUUCCCUACACCCAGGGUCGCUGGGAGGGGGAGCUGGGCACCGACCUGGUCUCUGUCCCACAUGGCCCUAACGCCACGCUGCGCGCCAACAUCGCUGCAAUCAUCCAGUCAGAUCGCUUCUUCAUCAAUGGAUCCAACUGGGAGGGAAUCCUGGGACUGGCCUAUGCCGAUAUAGCCCGGCCUGACGAGACAUUGGAGCCUUUCUUUGACUCUCUGGUUCGCCAGACUCCUGUCCCUAACCUCUUCUCUCUCCAACUGUGUGGAGCCGGCUUCACCCAAAACUACUCCCUGGGCAGCGCUACUGUUGGCGGCAGCAUGAUCAUCGGAGGAGUGGACCCAUCACUCUACGUUGGAGAGCUUUGGUACACUCCCAUCCGCAGGGAGUGGUACUAUGAGGUCAUUAUUGUACGUAUUGAGGUGAAUGGACAGGACCUCAACAUGGACUGUAAAGAGUACAACUAUGAUAAGAGCAUUGUGGACAGCGGCACCACCAACCUUCGACUGCCCAGAAAAGUCUUCCAGGCAGCAGUCAAGGCUAUUGAAGCAGCCUCUUCGACGGAACAGUUUCCCUCUGGGUUCUGGCUCGGCGAGCAGCUGGUAUGUUGGCAGGCCGGCACAACACCCUGGCACAUCUUCCCAGUCAUCUCCCUCUACCUGAUGAGUGAAAACCACAACCAGUCUUUCAGAAUCUCCAUCCUACCGCAGCAAUACCUGCGGCCAGUAGAGGAUGUGGCCUCCGCCCAGGAGGACUGCUAUAAGUUUGCCGUGUCCCAGUCUAGCACUGGUACAGUGAUGGGGGCUGUCAUCAUGGAAGGCUUCUAUGUGGUCUUCGACCGAGAAAAGAAACGCAUCGGCUUUGCUGUUAGCACCUGCCAUGUGCAUGAUGAGUUUCGCACAGCCUCUGUGGAAGGCCCCUUCCAUGGUGUCGACCUGGAGGACUGCGGCUACAACAUCCCUCAGACGGAUGAAUCCACACUUAUGACCAUCGCCUACAUCAUGGCGGGAAUCUGCGCUCUCUUCAUGCUGCCUCUGUGUCUCAUGGUUUGCCAGUGGCGCUUUGCCCGCUGCCUCCACCCACACGGGGACUUUGCCGACGACAUAUCGCUCCUUAAGUGAAGAGGGAGCAGAAGGAGACGAAAGGAGCCGUAGAGACCUACACUUUAAACACAGGACAGGAUGGAUUGUGAUAAAAAGGAUGUACAUUGUUACAGAAUGUUGGUGCUGUUGAAAGAGAGCUUUUAAAGGUUCUUCAGGAAUAUAAUAUGUAAAGUAUGAAAAAAAUGCUGACAUACAUUGAAUACACAGUGUUGCCCUCAAAUUUGAGAGGAUAGCUCGAGCCAAUACUAACCUGAAGGGCAAACAAGAGAAAGUCAGUGUCAACUUUGCCUGUUUCAGCUACCUAUGCAGAUCAGCAUGGCUAGAGGAGCUGAAGUGGGAAAAAUAAGAAACAGAAAAAUCAGCUUUGUUAUAAAUACUGUAUAAAUAGAUCACAGAGGUGGAUUGGAUUGGAUUUGGAAUUUAGAAAGAUUUGUCUCUUAACAUUGCAGACUUCCACACAGAGUGAUUUAAAGAGAAAAUAGAUAAUUUACAAAUGGAUAAAUGACGAAACUCAACUCAAUGGUGGGAAGCCAUCAUGUAGUCGAACAUGGUUUGCUAUGGUAUGAUUUGAACAUAAGUUACGUGUGUGUUUAUAGAUCUACUGUUUGUGGCUUAUGAGUGAAUGAAACAAGGUUGCUAUGUGUGAGCAUGCCUGUUUGUGUGCACAGUUGUACUGUAACUGAAGAGUAUACAGAAAGAUUUAAUGAAAAUGAAGAUGAUACUUAUGAAAAUGAUACUACUGAGUAUGAAUAGCAUCUAUGAAAUUCCACUAUUUUGCAAAUGCCAGCAAAUAAUUCUGCAGUGCAAAAUACGUAAGCAUAAAGAGAAAUAUAAGAUUGUAAGAGCAUUUACUGCAAAAAUACAUCAGUUUUGCUUAGUGUGAAACUGUGACUACUGAACAGUCAAUAUCAGAUGUCACUUUUUCCUCUCAUACUGAUAGCUUAAAUAUAUCUAUUGUACAUAAAAUGUGUGCAUUCCAGAUCUUCUAUUUGCGCAGGCACAUACACACACACAGAAUACACACUGCUUACCCUUCUGCUGCACCAUGUGAUGAUUUGCACAUGUAACAACACAUUACAUGUUAACAAACCAAGACUUGAUAGGGCUUCUUUAACAGACACAGAAACAGCCUAACUCACCACAUCUUUCAAUGGGGACCAUAUGUGCUUGGACACGGAAACCAGCCCAAAGUAUGUUAUACACUAAAGAACACUAUGUAUGUCUACAAGGGACACUCUCAGCAAGCUGUAAAUAGAUCAACUCAGAACUGUAUAUUUAUCUGUCAGAUGCUGGCAGCACUGUUGAACCAAUAAAGUACUUAUUGUAACUGUAA